UUGGAUGAUGCUGGCCUAUGUGGCAACGCUGGCUGCGCACAUGUUUAAAUUCGCGUGUUUUGGUUUUGCUCUGCAUUCUCUGAUACUUUUAUUAAAAAUUAAAGAGGGCCGGCGAAAAGAUAAUUGAAUAAAUUCGUAGUAUUUGGUUGGCCGGUUAGCGAGAAUAUGGAGGUAAACGCUGGCCAGGUACGGUUCGGCGUACAGCGAUUGUUAAGGCUGACCGAAAAUGAGACCUCUAACAACGUGUUCGCCGAAAGUCUACAGAGGUUCAUUAAAAAGCAGAAAUAUCUGCCCCAGGAUGUGGAACGACUCUUUCGGGCGCUCAGCGAGCAACUACCUGUGGCGCAGUAUACGAUUCCCAUAGCCAUUAGUUUCGAAGAGCACAUGCUUCUCCUGCUCUCAAUGGCUCUGCGCUGGGACGCCGCAUCUCAAAACGUUCAACAGUAUCAAAUGCAAUGUGCAGCCUUAGCCAAGCUCGUGAAUUUCUCUGCGGAUGCCCGGCGAUUUGCCAAAAGCUACUUCCACAAGAAGCCAGCUCCCUUUGAGAAACCUCAAAGCAAUGGCACUGCACCAACAAAGAAGCUAAGGAAUGGCGACAGUAGCCAGGCACUGGAGGAUUUGGACAUCAUCCGAUGCUGCUACCAGUUGCUUCAGAGCGACACAGCCUAUUUCAGGGAGUUAUGGGACUGGUCCAGUUUUAUAUCCACCUGUGCAACCCUAUCUUCAAAGUGCCCAAUGACACAACUCUACUGCAACCACAUCAUGGCCAUGCUUACCAACAUGAGCGCCCCACAGCUCAGUGCCUUAAACGAGAAAAUUCCCACCCAAACGCGACUAGACUUCGAUCGUGAACGCGUCCAGGAGUGGAAUGAGCCGCAUUCGACAUACAACCCAGAUGACUCCGACCAAGUACUGACCCUGCAGCUAACGGCCCUCAAUCAGGCUGUGACAAACAUCGAGGGCGUGCUGCUGCCAACUUUUAAUAAGGAGAACCAGGAAUUUUACGCCAGUACAGACGGCUGCUACGACCGCAUUGUGAAGGUGGACUCCACUGUGGUCAACCUGAGAAGCAUUGCCUUGGGAGUGGCGGCAGCCAAGCCCAUUUGCCUUUCCGGACCGGUGGGAUGUGGGAAAACGACCCUGAUCGAAUACUUGGCGCGCAAAACUGGACGCAUCUGCCCGAAGCCAAAGGAGGUGGAGAAUAGGGAAAGGGCUCUGAAGCAGGCCGAGGAGGAGGAGCAACUAUUGACACUCAAAUCGAAGCCAAAGAAGAAACCAAAACAGACUGGCGAGAAGAGAAAACUGGAUGAUGUGCCAAUCGAGGAACUGUUUGAUUUAAACGAGCCGACGCAAAGGAAUGGCUUUCUACGGAUUCAACUGGGGGAUCAGACGGAUAGCAAGAUGCUGCUGGGACAGUAUCGUUGUACUGAUGUGCCUGGAGAGUUUGUGUGGCUUCCUGGAGUGUUGACGCAGGCCGUCAUGCAUGGUUACUGGCUGUUGCUCGAGGAUCUGGAUGCAGCCACUCAGGACACCUACACCAUACUAAGUAGUCUGUUGGAACGCCAGAGUUUAAGUGUUCCCGGAUUCCGAGACUCUGUGAAAAUAGAACCAGGGUUUCAAUUGUUCGUCACCGUGAGAACCAACAAGUCUGCCAGCAAUUCCAGCCAGAAAUCUCUCUACUCCCUACUCGACAAGUAUCUGUACUCCAUCAAUAUUCUGCCCUUGUCGCGCAACGAACUGUGCAAGGUGGUCAGUACCAACUAUCCCAAGCUGGCCACUGUGGCCAACAGAAUGGUGGACGUCUUUCUCACCUUCUCCAGCGGCAAUCACUCAUCGGCCGACAAUUUGAGGCAGCAGGAGUCUGGCGACAAGGCGGACAACACAGAAAACUAUGUGGCCCUGCCGUUCGAGCAGGUCACCUUGACGUCCAGCCCCAAUUCAGGGCGAUUGGUGUCCACCCGCGACCUUGUGAAGCUGUGCCAGCGUUCCAAUGCCCAGUUUUCGGUGACCAGCGCAGAGUGCGCCUAUUUUGUCUUCCAAAACGCCGUUGAUGUGUUCUGUUCAUAUCUGCCCCACAGCAAGGAGAAGAUCACUCUAAUCACGAGCAUUGGAGCCAAGUUGGGCAUCAUUCGGUCAAGAUGCGAGCACUUCGCAAACGAGCACAAGCCGGAUGUGGAGUUCGGCUUGGAGCACAUCAAAAUAGGAAGAGCGAAGCUGCUGGCGAAAUCGGAUUUGAGGGAUGGAGAGGCUGAAAAUGGAGGGACGACGGAGCAGGACGUCAAGCGGCAGAAACUAACCCAGCAAACGAAGCGAGCGAUUGGCAAGAUUGGAACCAAAAAGUCCACCUUCUCGUUCACGCGACUGGCGAGCUGUAUCCUGGAACGGAUUGCCGUGUGCGUCAGCCACUCUGAGCCCGUACUUCUUGUUGGCGAAACCGGCGUGGGCAAGACAUCGUCCGUGCAAUAUCUGGCGGAGCGAACCGAGCACAAACUGGUUGUGGUGAACAUGAACAACCAGUCGGAUGUGUCCGACUUGGUUGGCGGCUUCAAGCCCGUGGAACUCAACUAUGUACUUGCCCCUUUGCGAUUCGAAUUCGAGCACCUGCUGUGCGAGACCUUUAAUGCCGAGAAGAACAUGCAGUUCCUGCGCAUCUUCGCCUCCCACUACAACAGUGGUCGCCAUUCCGUGAUCAUUCGCAUGAUGAUUAAGAUUUGCCUCCAAGUGGUCAACAAUCCGGAGCUGAAGCGUAACCACUUGCUACCCCGCUGGCAGACGUUGGGCGACAAGUUGCAGAAGCUGCAAGUGCAGCUGGACAAGAGCAUCAACAUCUCGUUCGCCUUCAUCCCCGGAUCCCUGGUGAACUGCAUCAGCAACGGGGAUUGGGUUCUCCUCGACGAGAUCAACUUGGCCUCUGCCGAGACACUGGAGUGUCUGUCAACCAUUCUGGAGCCCGAGGGAUCAGUGGUUCUGCUGGAGAGAGGCGAUUUUACGCCCGUUAAGCGCCAUCCAGACUUUCGGAUCUUUGCUUGCAUGAAUCCUAAUACGGACAUUGGCAAGAAGGACCUCCCGGUGGGCAUACGCAAUCGAUUCACGGAGUUCUUCGUGGACGAGCUGACAACCGAUGCGGACUUGAGUCUUCUGGUGAGCGACUACCUGGCCAAUACCGGCAUUCAGCGCAAAUCUGUGCACAGCAUAGUCCAGUUGUACAAGUCCCUGCGCCGUCUGUCCGAGCUCCAGCUGAACGAUGGCUUGGGCAACCGUCCGGUCUACUCCCUGCGUACUCUGUGCCGGAGCUUGCGCAUUUGCGCCCGGAAUUUGUGCGGCUCCAUUGAGAGGAAUCUGUACGAGAGCUUCUGCCUGAGUUUCCUCACUCAGUUGGACCCGGAAUCGCAUCACGUGGUCCUGCUACUCAUCCAGAACGCACUGCUCACGAAUGCUAAGGCCGUGCUGAGCAAACAACUGCCGCAGUUGGGCGAAAACUAUUUGGAGUUCGAGGGCUACUGGAUACAGCAGGGCAUCGUGGAACCGCAGGCCUGCUCGCACUACAUCCUUACGGAUAGUGUGAAGAAGAACCUGAAGGAUCUGGCUCGCAUCAUAUCGAUUGGGAAGCUGCCGAUCCUCCUGCAGGGACCCACCAGUGCCGGCAAGACCAGUUUGAUUGACUUUGUGGCCAGGAAGAGUGGCAAUCGCUGCCUGAGGAUCAACAACCACGAGCACACGGAUCUGCAGGAGUACAUUGGCACCUAUGCCGCCGACUUGGACGGAAAACUGACAUUCCGAGAGGGCGUUUUGGUACAGGCGAUGCGUCACGGAUUCUGGAUCAUUUUGGACGAGCUCAACCUCGCGUCCACAGACAUUCUGGAGGCCCUUAACCGUGUGCUGGAUGAUAACAGGGAGCUGUAUAUAGCGGAGACCCAAACGCUGGUCAAGGCUCAUCCGAACUUCAUGCUCUUCGCGACGCAGAAUCCUCCUGGACUCUAUGGCGGACGAAAGACCUUGUCGCGGGCCUUCAAGAAUCGGUUCAUAGAGCUGCACUUCGCCGAUAUACCACGGGGAGAACUGGAGAUCAUCCUUGAGAAGCGGUGCCUGAUUCCGCCCUCGUAUUCUCGCAAAAUGGUUCAGUGCAUGGCCCAGCUGCAGCAGCACCGGCAGAACACCGCCAAACAGGUCUUCACCCUGCGAGAUCUGUUCCGGUGGGGCAACCGGUAUACCCACGCCGAUAAGUCGCUGCACGGAGAUCCCAAAUACGACUGGAAUCAGCACCUUGUGGAGGAGGGCUAUCUGGUUCUGUCUUCCAAAGUUCGGUCCCAGGAGGAGCACGAACUUAUCGAGAAAACACUGCACGGAAACUUCCGGAAAAAGGUGGAUCUGCAGCUGUUGUUCGAUGUUCAAACCGAGCGGGAGAGCUCCUCCAUGGUGAGCAGGAAGAUCUUGGACGCCAUCAGGAACUUCAAGCUGCGGGCCGAUAUUGUUUGGACGCGGAACAUGACCCGCAUGGCUGUGCUCACGGCCAAGGCCCUGGAAUUUGAUGAGCCCGUGCUGCUGGUCGGGCCAACAGGCUGCGGCAAGACCACUGUGUGCCAGCUCUUGGCCAGCAUUGCGGACGUUCGGCUGCGAAUCCUCAACUGCCACAUGCACACUGAGGGAGCCGACUUUCUGGGCGGUCUGCGUCCCUGUCGCGGCAAGGACUCCACCCAGCUGUUUGAAUGGGCCGACGGUCCCUUGAUAUUUGCCAUGCAGGAGGGCUCCUACUUCAUGGCCGACGAAAUAUCCCUGGCCGAGGACUCUGUUUUGGAGCGGCUGAACUGCGUGUUGGAGCCAGAGCGCACUGUGCUGCUGGCGGAGAAGGGUGGAGUGGCUGAAGUGGAUUUGAACCCUGACUUUGUGGUUCAGGCGAAGCCCGGUUUCCAGUUUCUUGCGACGAUGAAUCCAGGCGGAGACUUUGGCAAAAAGGAGCUGUCGCCAGCGCUGCGCAAUCGUUUUACUGAGAUAUGGUGCUUGCCUUCCGACAACAAGGAGGAUCUCGUCGAGAUUGCCUACAACUGCAUGAGCCGGCCGGAGGACAAAGGCCUUCAGGGAAUCGAUACCCACAAAGUGGCGCAGUACCUGGUGGAGAUUGUGCUCUAUAUUCGGGAUUCUAAUGAGAAGUUCAAGUUCUCCGUGCGAGACAUCCUGGCCUGGGCCAAUUACAUGGUCAGCAACGGGAAGCUGAGCUUUGCCGAGCAGGCCAUCUUUGGCUUGGAAACCAUUUUCUUGGAUGCACUGGAGAUGCUGCCCCACGAAUCGCAGGAGCAGGUGGAGAAACUCAAGAGGCGUGUAUCCCAGGAAGCCGUCAAACAGGCGGCUUUAAUCCUGAAUGAAACGUUUUCGCUGGAAGACGUUGUCGGAAAGCGUGGCCAUGAGGUCCAGUUUGAUGUUCAGAGAUUUGGUAUCCAUCCGUUCUUCAUUGAUGUCAACCAGGACCCGCUGAUGACGGCCAGGCAGGACUUCUUCUUUGAUGCGCCGACCACCAAACAGAAUCUGUUCCGGCUGCUCUCGGCGCUGUCGCUCCAGAAACCCGUACUUCUAGAAGGCCCUCCUGGUGUGGGGAAAACCUCCAUUGUCGAGAGUAUAGCGGCAGCCAUUGGCUACCAGAUAGUCCGCAUUAAUCUCUGCGAGCACACCGAUCUGGCGGAUCUCUUUGGCACAGACUUGCCGGCGGAGGAUAACUUGCUGGAAUCGGAAGCAAAAUCUUCUGGUCGCCAGAUGGGCAGCUUCGUGUGGCGCGAUGGACCAUUGCUGGCAGCUCUGAAGGCCAAGAACACAUGGAUUCUGCUCGACGAAUUGAAUCUGGCCCCUCAGUCCGUCCUAGAGGGUCUCAACGCGGUGCUGGAUCACCGUGGCGAGGUCUACAUCCCGGAGUUGAACAAGAGCUUCCACUUGGCGGGCAGUACGCGCAUCUUCGCCUGCCAGAAUCCUCUGAAGCAGGGCGGCGGCCGCAAGGGAUUGCCCCAGUCCUUCCUGAAUCGAUUCACGAAAGUGUAUCUGAGAAAGCUCUCCACGGAGGAUCUGCUCCACGUAGUCGAUAUCAAGUACGGAAAAUACUUUGAGGAACUAAAGGCACAUUUCCUCAAGCUAGUGGGUGGGAAAACACAAGAAAAUCUGUUCGACAUCUUCGAGAAAAAGGAAUCGCAAGAUUCCCCCCAUACCUUCGACUUGGCGGAACGUUUAGUGCGGUUUUCGGAGCAACUGGACCGCGGUGUGGCAUCGAUGGAGUUUGGAUACAAGGGCGGACCUUACGAGUUCAACUUGCGCGACAUUCUCCGCUGGUGCGACCUGCUGCACAACCCCAAAACUGGGUACAUCAUGGAGACAACAGCUUCCUGUUUUCAUUCAGCUUUUCGCUCCUUCCUGCUGACCCUCUACGAGAGGAUGCAAUUGGUCUACUACCAGAGGAUGCGCUGUGACCAGGACAAGCUCUACAUCAGAAACGCGUUCUCCACCAUUUUCCAAUGCAAUGCGGAGGAAUUGAAUGCCAUUUCAGAGGAUGUUUCCCUCUACUGGACAGCCGACAAAGUGUACUUCAACGAUGUGGUGCUCGAGCGGGAGCAGAGCAAUGUCCAGGACCUGGCCACCCGGCAGGAAGAGGGCCCUCUGCUGCUAGACAGCCAGCGUCAGCUUCUGAAACAAAUAGUCGAGACUGUGCAUAUGGAGAAGCCCCUACUGCUGUGCGGAUCCACGGACAGUGGCAAGACCAAGCUAAUAGAUGCCCUAUGCUUGCUGUCUAACCGACUCUGCAACACGGACAUCAUAGAUGACUCUGUGACUGGUAGCUUCCAGCAGAUUGAUUUGAAUCGCCACCUGGAAGUCAUUUACAGGAAGGUGGAGAUUCUAGUCUUUGCCUGCGUGCAGCGGGCCUAUGUCCAACAUAUCUACCCAGCAUUUGCAGAGAAGCUGUGGAGCUACUGGAGCAGGUACAAUGGCUUGGCGAAGAUCACAGCAGAAUCCAAGCAACACACCGUAGCCGACGAAUUGAGAGUGUUCAGUGAGCGGUUGGCGGCUCUGGCCCGGAUCAUCAAACAGUUGGAGCAAACACCGAAAGACUGCUUGGUGGAGUCGUUCAAGGACCUCGACGAUACCAAGAAGCAACUGCUGGUUCUGCAGGCUUACAUUAAAAAGGCAGAUUCCCUGAACACGGGUGGAUCUUUCGAGUGGGUGGACUCCCGCAUAGUGACCUCCCUGAAGUGCGGACAAUUCAUUCUACUGGAGCAUGUAAAUCUGUGCUCCUCGGCCGUGCUGGACCGAUUGAAUCCUGUCUUCGAACCGAAUGGCAGUCUGCUGAUAGCCGAGAAGGGAAUUAGUGCCCAGGACAGUGCCGAGUUGGUGAGAAAAUCUCCCGAUUUCCGUGCCUUCUUGACGGUGGAUCCCAAGAACGGUGAACUAUCGCGAGCUAUGCGGAAUCGUUGUGUGGAACUAUCCCUUACUAAGGAUACUUAUUCGAUCGAUGACAUGCGUGCCUUUGUCCACGAGCAGGGAGUGCAUCAAACGGAGGCAAUCAACUGUAUUCUGCGCAUCCAUCGGGGCAUCAGUCACCUGACGGAGUUCAACAGCUACUCCAUAUCCCAUCUCACGCAAUUCGCGUUCCUGAGCGCCGCCUACGCCCGGAUUGGCUACCAACUGAAGAGGGCCGUGUAUGUGGCCGCCAUGGAGGUGUACGUGUACUCCGCCAGCACUGAUUUGAUGGGCUACGGACUGUCGUACUAUCAGAACAAACUGCGGGAAGUAGUUCUCGCUGAAACUGAGUCAUUCGAAGAGUCUUCUUCAGAACAAGAUGAUCUUUUAAGCGAUGUGAUUCUUAACUCUGGCAACCUCAACUCGUUGACGUUAGUCAAGCUGCAAUCAGUGGUCCUGAAGGUCCUUCUCAGGUGCUCCCCAACGGAUGAAAUCCCACAAAAAGAGCUAGCAUCCAUUUUCCACAACGUGGAGCAACUGAAAUUGGAUCAACUCAGCGUCCAGCAACUUCAGCGCUUCUUCCUAUACAUAUUGUACGAGUCGUCGGCUUUUGGAGAUCUGGAAUUGAGGCACCUCUACCUGAAAUCUUUGCUGAAUGAGGACUCUUCGUUGCAGGAACUGUCCCAGAAUCUAUUCUCCUGUCUGUACAAAAAGAGUAGAGUUGUAAAGGGAUCACUGGCCCGCCUUCCCUGGAAUCGUAGCCUGUUCCCCAGAUUACGGGAUUACUUUACGGAGCAAGAAGUGCCUGAACUAAAAGUUCGGAACCUCAGUGCCUUACUUCUGUCCCGGUUGCUGGUUGCUAACAUUCCAACUGAUUCAGUGGGCGGAGUGCAAGCGAUGAGCGCCCUUCAAUAUUCCCAGGCUCUUAAGCACCAGAAAGUGAGCACAAAGUUCUCAAAUGAUUUCCUCAUAAGCCUCUCAAGUUUCCUGGAAAACUUGCACACAUUUUUGCUGGAAAACCUGGAGGAAAUCGACUUGGACUUGAAGCAUUAUGCCCAGCUAGUGACCCGCUUCUACUGGUUCAAUCGCCUCCUAUUCACUGCCCAGCAGAAGCUGCUGUACAACAAUGAACUGCAUGUGCCGUUGAUGCACAAACUGGUGCUCCAUUUCCAGUGGUUGCAAAAACAUUUGCUGGAACCUCUUCUCACAUCGUCUGUAAAAAACAAAACAGUAUCAUUGUUGCGGGAGAGUCUGUUCAAAAUAAACAAGUAUAUAGAGGAGACCAAGCGUCCUCUAAACGUGUCCUGCAAGAUAUACUCCAAGCAGUUUACACAUUUCCAGCCUUUCUAUCAGGAUCAGCAGAUUUCGGUCUUCACGGACCUGCAGAAACUGGAAAAAUUGCUAAGUGUGGUUCCCACUUAUGGAAGUUUAGAGCUGAAUCUCUGGAUGAAGAGGUGGUUGCUGCUCCAGACGGACGAGGCACACAAGUGGCGCUCCUUCCUGCGCCAUCACACCCAGGGCUUCCAGAUAAAACCCUUCGAACUGACAGGUCCCCUUCAAAAUGAAUCGUUAAACAUCGCCCUUCAAAGACUGCAAACCAAACUGAAAGACCUCCAAGAGGCAGACGCAGAGAAUGGUUUGGACAUAAAUCUGGAUCUCAAUGGCAUUCAGGCCCUUUUGGAAGGCGAAACGAAGGAAGACAGUUCCUAUAUUCAUCCAGAGAGUGUGGCCUCGAAUUCUCCUCCACUUUUGCUUGCCGCCUUGAGGGAGUUCUUCAUGGAGCGCCUGCUGACAGGAACAGUUUCCGAGGAGUUUGAUGAGCAAGUGAACCCCUUGUACACGGAACAGUUGUUAACCCUCAACAGUAAUCUCUGGCAAUGCCUGAAAACGCUUGAUGGCGCCCAUUACGCUGAGAUUAGCAGGGCUUGGAGUGUGCUGAGAAAGGAACUAAAGGAUCUGCAAUCCGUAGAAGACUUUGAGCACUUUUUGGAGAAGAUCAGCAGCAGCUACAAGGGUCUGCGCACUUAUCAGAGGCAGUAUCGCAACUCCCUGCAGAGCUAUCAGCUGGAUAACCUAUCUACCCGGUUGGAUUGCGUGCAAGGACCCCAGGGAGAGGACUCCACGGAUGUAUCCAGUCGCUACAGCUACCAGGGUCCACCUUUGUCGGGUGUCUUCCUGUCCUUGAUCUGCCAAUCCAACGGCCAGUUGCGAUCAGUGCCACUUAACGAGUUGCAGGAGUGGCGCUCCGCCUUGCAGAAAUCUAGAAAGCUUCUGUGGGAAAACUCGCAUUUGUUGAACUCGAGGUUCAGCGAAAGGGUUACCAAUCUCGCCCAGGUGCAGGAGUAUUCAAGUCAUCUCCUGAGGGAGCUUGACUUCGUUGCCCAUUUGAGUCGUCAGGAACAAAAACCAAACGAAGGCUUCGAAAGUUGUACCAAGGAAUUGGCAGAAACAGUCGCAAAACUGAAUGAAGUGGACAUCAAUCAAGACUCCUUGACGACGGCCUUUGAAGUUUCACUAGCCAGUGCCUUGCUGGGUGCCCUGGAGCUUUGCCUGCUCACCAAUGCCCCCUUGAUCGAUCCCGUGGAGAAGAAUCGCCUGAAGAACCUGUACAUUGCAGAGGACAUUGAUUGCCUGAGCACUCUGAACACUGCCUACGACUUCAUGAAGAUUGCCAUGAAGUACCGGCACUUUGGAGAGGAAAUCUGCAGCGAACUGGAUGCCAGGUUGAAGGAGGCGCAUCAGAAGCAGCAGCAGCUCUCACAGAAGCUGGCCCUGCGACCGGAGCAGUGCCUCUACGCGGCUUUGGUCCAGGACCUCACCCAUUUCCUGCAGUCCAAUGGCGACUGCGGUGUGCUUCACAAGUUAUUCCUCUUGCUGCGCUCCGAAUGGAGUAACUUCCAAGGCGACCAUGCUGUCACAGGGGCUCAAUUGAAGAGCACCAACGAAACCAUUGGGAAACUAGAGCUUUGGCUGGCCAACGCCCAGAGGUUCGUCCAUCACACUCUUUCUCGCUAUAGCGCCUACUAUCAGGACUUUGUGGCGCCCAUUAAGUGCGCUGUCAACCAGAUGCGUUUCGGUCUGGAGAAGCUCAAGGUGAUCUUUGCCAGAGUCCAGCAGGCAGGCAGCGUUUCUCUAGCGGAGCAAAUUCAAGACACCAUAGCCGACAUUGUCCAGUUCCCGUCGCAACAGCCGCUCGUAAUCCGAAACAGCAGGCUUUACGGACUGCUCUCCGAACUUCCGCACAGCGAACACGACUACUUCCGCCUGCUGAAGGCCAAGCUAAGCGAGCUGAGCAACUACAUAUCCCUGGGGAAGGUAAUCGACGAGGCAACCUUUGCCGCCUACGACGACGCCCUGGGUAUCUGCAACCAGACCUGGCAGCAGGAGGAACAGCGUCGCUGCCAACUGAAAGCCGAGGCGGAGAGCUUGUACGUGACCAAGACCAAGGGUGGAGUCGAGAGCGAGGAGAUGCUGGAGCUGCAGGAGAUCGAAGCGAACUUCCCCACCAACCUGGACGAAGACUUUGCCGAGUUCGUGGCUCAGCCCACCUUGGAACAGGUCCUGAAGCUGGACAAGAAGGCCAACGCCAAGGCGAAGCAAUCGCAAAUAGUGGCCGAGGAGGACUAUGCCUUUCUGGCGCGCAACUUUGUCGAUGUGAUGAGCAACCAUACGCCGGUCUACUACAGGGAUGCGCCAAAAGGGCCGAAGCAGUCGGAACUGCAACUGCUGUCGCCCUACCAAGCUCGCUUCCAGGUCUUCGCCCACCUGCAUGGGCACUUCAAGAAGGCUCUGGGUGCCAGUCUGGACGAGCGGGCCUGCAACGGACUCGCCUUUGGCUUGGCCCUGCAGCAGCGCCAGAUCAAGGACAUAGAGCUGGAGGAUGGAGGUGUGGCUGGAGCGCUGUACGAUUUCUACAAAGACUCGAACAUCAGCGAGAUCCAGAGCUGCCUGGACGUAAUGGUGCGCAUCGAGAAGCGGGUCCUGGAGCAGCUGGAACUGUAUCCGGAACACGCUGGCCUGGCGGACAUCAAGCUGGUAAUCUCGCGCAUCCGCCGACUGCCAGCGCACGCAUCGGUCGUUCGCUUCAACACAGGAUUCCAGCUCCUGCGACAGAAGCUGGCCCUCUGGAAUGAGGUGGCUCACAGGAACAACAACCUGGUGGCAGAGGAAACGGAGGUGGCCGAGUUCGUGCAGCGCUGGACCAGAUUGGAGCUGCAGCACUGGCGCAACUGCCUCGGCCAAACGGCAGCCCAGGUGGAGCUGCAGGCCUAUCGCUACUGGUUCUUCAUCUACAAUCUGCUCCAGCAAUUCCUCCACCAAAAGAAACUGGAUCAGUCCUAUACUGACAUCAAGUUCGCUGAGCAGCGCUUCGCCCAGGAACAGUUGUUGGACGCCCAGGAUCUUGGCGAGGCCCAGCGCCUCGAACUGGCCCAAGUGGUUCGCAUCCUGCGCCAGUUCGUCGAAGCCUCCUGCUAUGGCGACUUCCACAUUCGCCUCCAGUUGCUGCAGGGCUUCGAACUAUAUCUGCACAAUGUGGAACGAGCUGGACAGAUCGAGGGACUGCCUCCGCUUAUUGCGGCGCUACACAAUCUCCAGCUGUACUUCUCCCAGUUUGCGGGAGAGAUUGCGGACUCGGUGAAGUCCCGCCGAGCGCCCAUCGAGAAGAAACUGAAGGAGUUUGUAAAGAUUCAGAGCUACAGCAAGGACCUGAGCUACUUCAGCAUGCGAAACAGCGUGGCCACCGUCCAUCGCAACCUCAACAAGUUCCUGAAGGAGUUCCGCCUGACUCUGCAGGAGAAGAUCAGUGAGGUGUUCCAGCCGAAGGACUCCACCGCUAAGGAUUACACCUUCGGCAGCGACAAGGGAAAGGGCCUGAGGAACUACAACAAGAUCAGGUAUCUGAACAUGGAUCGUCAGCACUUUGUGGCCAGCGAGAAGCUUCUGGAGAAGUUUUCCAUUCCGGUGGAGAUUGCCGCGGAAAAUGUCUUGCUCCAGAAGUUGGAUAAACAUUUCCGCACUGCACGCCAUGUGGUGAAGGAGACAUUGACGCAAGUGCCCUACGGCGAGCUGAUCUACGAUCUGGACGACCUGCUGGCUAGUCAGCUGGAACGGUGCGAGCACUUGCGAUCCCUCAAUGUGGACCGCACCAAGGAGCGACCUCAGCAGAAGCAGGAGGCCAAACAGAUCCUCCAGCAAAAGCGCAAGGCUCUGACGGACCUCUUCAAGACGCUCCAUCGCCUGGGGGCCAGCUACAAGAGCGGUCUCCUGGAGCUCUCGCUGCGGAACGAGUUCGAGGACUUCCAGCUGGCGCCGUACUCCAUUCGGGUCAUGUUGCCCCGCUUGCAUCCCACUGCCCAGCAACUGGACGACAACCUGGACCUGUACUACAUGAAGAGCGUGUUCAAGUUGAAGCUGCUGCAGAACAUCAUGCUGACGCCGCUCUCGGAACUGGGCCCACCCAACAUCGAGCGCAUCAAGGGCUUCGCCGUGGAUCUCUUCCUGUUGGUCCAGCAGCAGCGCGAGCAGCUCUCUGGAUCCAGCAAGGAGCUGUUUGAACUUCGCAACUCCCUAGAGAGUUUGCGGAAAUUGGCCGCCAUUGUAUCGCAAACAGAGUCAGAGUCAUUCUCUUUGAGUUUCUCGCAAAGCGCCGAUGAGGCGGCCAGUCUGAAGCGCAAUCUCUGCCAGAUUUAUUAUGUCCUUAAGCAGUGGCAGCUGCUCCUGAGCUGUGCUCCCAGCUCCCUCUGCGAGAGUAGCGAAAGCAGUGUCCUGGUCAGGAACGUACCAAUUGCCCAGAGUGAACUCCAGGAUCUGAGCAAGCAGAUCCUGAACAGCAGCCAGAAACUGCUAAACGAACUAAACAGCACUAACUUGGAGUUCCUGUCCAACGAUAAACUGAACUCUUACCGUGAGGGCUAUCAGCAGGUUCUGGACACCAUUAACAGAACGCUUCAGUUACUGCGAUCUGGCCAGAAGGAUCACCUUCCCCUGGCGCAGCCCCUGCUUGAGCUACUGGAUAGCCUGAAAUCGGAAAAGACAGAGGAUAUCAUCUCCGAAGCCACAGAUCUGAGCAAUGCGGAUACGGAGUUGGCUAACAUAGCACACAGUGUGCUGAUAUCCCUUCAAAAGAUCUACAAACACCACUCCAAAGUGGAGGAAUCAGAAAAAGAGCAGGAUGAGUCCUCAAAAGAGGCGCUGCGGGAGCAGCAUUUGAAGAAGUGCCUCAGCGGGGAGCUCACUUCGGACUGGCAGUUGCUCAGUUUGCCCCGAGUCCUUGGGAAGCUGUCGAACGUACUGCUCGUCCUGAAGCACACCAACUCCCAGGAUCAGGAUAGGUUAGUCUGCGUGAAAAGAGCGAUUAGUCUUCUGCCCAUUCUGGAACAAUAUCAACUGCUGGCUGACUACUUACUGCUCCAGCAGCUGGCCACUCACAAAGUGUCCGCCAAGAUGCUGUCCAUUGUCCUGACCGUUUUUGUAGAGAUCGGCAGCAAGGGCUUCUGUGUCCCACCCGAUCUGAUGCAGGACGAAGAGGGUCAGUCCAAGCAGGACUCCAAGAACGGCGAAGGCUUCGGCCUGGAGGAUGGCACUGGAGAGAAUGACGCCUCCGACAAGAUCGAGUCCGAGGACCAGCUGGAUGAUGCCAAGCGGCCGGAGGACCGCAAGGACGAGGGUGACAAGCAGGAGCCCGACUGCAAGGAGGAAAAGGGCAUAGAGAUGAGCGAUGACUUUGACGCCAAAAUGCAAGAUGUUGAGAAGCCCGAGGAGGACGACAGCGGCGAGUCCGAGGAGGAGGAUGAGGAGGAGCUCAACAAGGAGAUGGGCGAGACUGAGGAGGGAGCCGAAAAGUUGGACGAGCAGAUCUGGGGCGACGAUGAGGAGAAGAAUCCCGAGGACGAGGAGCCAGAGAUGGACGAGGAGGAUCAGGGCAAAGGCAGCAAGGACGAGAAAGAUGCCCACAAUGACCUCGACACCAAAAACGAUGCGGCCAAGGAGGAUGGCAAGGAUGAGCACGAAAAGGAGGGUCUAGAUGCGACAAACGAGCCAAGCGGCGAGGAUAAGCGCAAGGAGCAGGCUAAGGACAUUGACGACAUGAAGGAUCCCGAGAUGGACGAGGAGCAAACCAACGCCAUGCACAAUGAACUGGAGGAACCCCCUGAACCGGAGGAAAUGGACUUGGGCGACAUGAACAACGUGGAUGAGGGCCACGAAGAUCCGGAAGAGCAGGGCACUGACGAGAAUCCCUUCGACAUUGAUGCCAUGAAGGAGAACAUGCAGCCAGCUGAAGAACCUGAACAGGACGAACCCGAGAAUCCUGCCGAGGAUGAGCAAGGCGAUCCCCAGAGUGAUGGCAGUGACUCCGAGGAGGAUGUCGCCGGCACUGAAAGCAAGCCAGGCCAGGAGGAUGAAGACAACGGCCAAGAUGAAACUGGCGAAGAGGAGAAAGAAGAACCAGAGACCCAGACUCGUGGCGAAGUCGAGGAAGAGCCCCAACCGGAGGCAGCUCCUGAGGACAGCAAAGAGGACGAAGAGAAGCGCGAGGAGAAGCCAGAACAGCACACACAGUCCAAGGACAAGGCUAGCAAGGAGGAGAACGUGCAGUCUGUGCCGGAGACGGACGAGAGCAGUUCCGCAGAUCAGGUGCAGCAGCCGCAGGACCAGGACAUCAAGCAGGACCAGAAGAUGGACGAACAGGAGACGGGAGAGGAAAAGGAUGGCGUUGGACAAGCGGAGAAUGAUACUAACGAUGGCGGCCAUCAAGGCGUCGCGGAAACCCAGGAAACUGUUUCCCAAGAAGAGCGCAAGAACGAGAGGCAAACGCAGGAGAAGCGCAAACAAGGCCGGACGAAUGAGGAACGGACUUUAGGUGAAGCCGAGAAAAACAAACUGAAGCAGCUGAAGACUAUCGACCAGAUAAAGGAGUCUAAGGAUUCCGAAGAGUCUGAACCGCAGCAACCGGAGUCCACGGAUCAGGCUGAAGCAGAGGAGUACCAGCACGUGAAGGAGCCGAAGAACAGCGACAAGACCACCCUGGACAACGCCACGGAAGAGCAGUCGAAGAAGGUUCAGCAUCAAGAAGACGAACCGGCCAACGAGGACGAAAACGAGGCUGAGAAUACUGAGGAACUGAUGGAAACUGAGGAGCCAGCCAAUGAUCCGGAAGAUGAUGCUCAGCUUGAACAGCUGGGCGCCGAAAAGACGGAACAGAAGUCCGACAAACCCUCCAAGACAGAGCAGUCCAAGGAACGUUUGGAGACACCCGAGGGCAUGGAGAUCGAGGGUGAAGUGGUUCCCACCAUGACAGUUCCUCGCAGUGCCGAGACCACGGCACACAGCAACAUUGAACUUCUGCUGGACAAGAGCUCGCAUGCGGAGGAUCUGACCUCGGCGGAGCAAAUCGAACUGAGGCAACAGUACCACCAACAAUUGACUUCUUUCCGGGGGGCACAGCCCCAGCACGAGGAUUACGAAAGCUGGCAGAGCAUCUCCAACCGAAUGACCCAGAAUGCCCGCGAGCUGUGUGAGCAGCUGCGCUUGAUCCUGGAGCCCACGAAGUGCACACGUCUGAAGGGCGACUAUCGCACUGGACGAAGGAUCAACAUGAAGAAGAUCAUUCCGUACAUUGCCUCCCAGUUCCGCAAAGACAAGAUUUGGCUGAGGCGCACCAAGCCGGCGCAGCGUGACUACAAAAUAACGAUUGCCAUUGACGACUCCAAGUCGAUGCAUCAUAACAACUCCAAGACCCUGACCCUGGAGGCCAUCUCGCUGGUGUCGCAGGCGCUGACACUACUGGAAAGUGGUCGACUGAGCAUUGUAUCCUUCGGGGAGGCGCCACAAAUCGUCCUGAAUCACACCGAGCAGUUUGACGGUCCACGACUGGUCAACGCCUUGAACUUCGACCAGGAGAAGACGAAAAUUGCCGGACUGCUGGACUUCAUACGCACGGCCAAUACGGAGGAGAGCGGCUUGGGCGGCGACAAUGGUCUGUUUGAGAAUCUACUGCUUAUUCUCAGCGACGGAAGAAACAUAUUCAGCGAAGGUGCUCAGAAGGUAAAGAACGCCAUCAAGCUGGCGCGACUGCAGCGCAUUUUCUUGGUUUAUAUAAUUAUUGACAAUCCGGAUAACAAGAACUCCAUCUUGGACAUACAACAUGUGGCGGUGAAUGCAGAUGGAUCCGUGAACAUCAGCUCCUACCUGGACAGUUUCCCCUUCCCCUACUAUGUGAUCGUCAGAGACCUGAAUCAACUGCCCUUGGUUCUCAGCGAGGCCAUGCGGCAGUGGUUCGAACUAGUGAAUAGCGAGUAAAUAAAAGAUAGACUAAAGUAUCUUUAAUUGGAAAAUUGUAUAGCACUUUCAAUACUUUUAGAUAUAGAUGUAAACCUUUUAGUGAUAAGCCUUUUGAAAUGAAGGUAUAUAUAUUUUUUUUAUUUAUCCUGCAAGGGAUCUUUAUGCGAUUUAGACCUAAGAGAAUAUUGUACAUGAAUUUUCUGUUGUUUUUAUUAAACCACAUUAAACAAAUUGAUUUAUGUA